CUCAAGCAUUAGCACCAACAAGCUCUGAGCAUCAUCAGUCUCUGGAAAGCCUUCUGAAUUAGACAAGGACUGCCUCUCAGCACAGCUACAAAACACUUUAAACCUGACCAGCUAAAUGGAUAAACCUAGCUUGCAUAGCUUUUAAACUGGGGUCUCAUACAGCACAGGAGGCCUACUUGCUUCAAGAACUGAAAAUCCAGAGGAUGAAUUGCUUUAUCUGGGAAUGGCAAAAGCCAGCACAAUAAGGAAUGCCAGGUAUUCUGAAGAUUUUCUCUUUUUUUCCUGUCUUUUUACAGAGAAGUUGGUUACCUUCGAGAUGGGCUGUAGCUCUUUUGCACAGAUUGCCAAUUAGUGCUGAUGGGUCUCUGGUGAAUUACACAAUGGUCCUCAGAGCCUAGAGGCCCUCUUCCCCCCAACAGCUUCCUUCUCCCUGCCCCCACCUCCCACCCCAUGCUGAUAUUUUUUAUAUAUGUAUACAUAUUUUUUGCCUGUCCUCUCCGGGGAAGUUUGUAUGGAGCUACUGGCUCACAUGCGGGAUCGGAAUGGUGUGAAUGACAGCCGCACUGUGUCAUGAAGGUGGUGGCGGUUUCAGCCCCAGAGACCAAAUAAGAAGAAAGCUGAGAGAGGGGGGAACUGUUUUUGGAUGACAAAGGAUGGGUUUCCGUUUAAUUACGCAGCUGAGAGGCAUGCGUGUGGUGCUAGUGCUAUUCCCUACGCUGCUGCUCGUUAUGCUCACGGGGGCUCAGAGAGCUUGCCCAAAGAACUGCAGAUGUGAUGGCAAAAUUGUGUACUGUGAGUCUCAUGCUUUCGCAGAUAUCCCUGAGAACAUUUCUGGAGGGUCCCAAGGCUUAUCAUUAAGGUUCAACAGCAUUCAGAAACUCAAAUCCAAUCAGUUUGCCGGCCUUAACCAGCUUAUAUGGCUUUAUCUUGACCAUAAUUACAUUAGCUCAGUGGAUGAAGAUGCAUUUCAAGGGAUCCGUAGACUGAAAGAAUUAAUUCUAAGCUCCAACAAAAUUACCUAUCUGCACAAUAAAACAUUUCACCCGGUUCCCAAUCUCCGCAACCUGGACCUCUCCUACAACAAACUUCAGAUGUUGCAGUCGGAACAAUUUAAAGGCCUUCGGAAACUCAUCAUUUUGCACUUGAGGUCAAACUCAUUAAAGACUGUGCCGAUAAGAGUUUUUCAAGACUGUCGAAAUCUUGACUUUCUGGAUUUGGGUUACAAUCGUCUUCGAAGCCUGUCCCGAAAUGCUUUUGCUGGCCUCUUGAAAUUAAAGGAGCUUCACUUGGAGCACAAUCAGUUUUCCAAGAUCAACUUUGCUCAUUUUCCACGUCUCUUCAACCUGCGCUCAAUCUACUUACAGUGGAACAGGAUUCGCUCCAUUAGCCAAGGCUUGACAUGGACUUGGAGUUCCUUGCACAACUUGGAUUUAUCAGGGAAUGACAUCCAAGGAAUUGAGCCGGGCACAUUUAAAUGUCUGCCCAAUUUGCAGAAAUUGAAUUUGGAUUCAAACAAGCUUACCAACAUCUCCCAGGAAACUGUCAAUGCAUGGAUAUCAUUAAUAUCCAUCACUUUGUCUGGAAAUAUGUGGGAAUGCAGUCGGAGCAUUUGUCCUCUAUUUUACUGGCUUAAGAAUUUCAAAGGAAAUAAGGAAAGCACCAUGAUAUGUGCAGGACCUAAGCAUAUCCAGGGUGAAAAGGUUAGUGAUGCAGUGGAAACAUAUAAUAUCUGCUCUGAAGUCCAGGUGGUCAACACAGAAAAAUCACACCUGGUGCCCCAAACUCCCCAGAAGCCUCUGAUUAUCCCUAAACCUACAGUCUCCAAAUCUGACCCCACACAGCCCACCCUUGCCACACCAAGCCCUUCCCCAGGGUUUCAGAUUCCUGGCACAGAGCAAGAGUAUGAGCAUGUGUCAUUUCACAAAAUUAUUGCAGGGAGUGUGGCUCUCUUUCUGUCUGUGGCCAUGAUCCUCUUGGUGAUCUAUGUGUCUUGGAAACGCUACCCAGCCAGCAUGAAACAACUUCAGCAACACUCUCUUAUGAAGAGACGGCGGAAAAAGACCAGAGAGUCUGAAAGACAAAUGAAUUCCCCUUUACAGGAGUAUUAUGUGGACUACAAGCCUACAAACUCUGAGACCGUGGAUAUAUCCGUUAAUGGAUCUGGGCCCUGCACAUAUACCAUCUCUGGCUCCAGGGAAUGUGAGGUAUGAACCAUGAUCCUCCUAAAAGCAUUUCUACUGCGGGGAAGGAGAGGUAAAUGUUUGAAGCUCUAGAGGUGUCUCUAAUCACUAGAGAGAUUAAUGACCCUUUUGCUUUUGGGUUUUGCUCAGUGUGAAAGGUUACUUAAUUAAAUUACAACCACCAGGAAAUUGACUGUUUUUUCUUUUUUUUUAAUGGUUGAAACUUGAAGGAAGUUCAUUCAAGGAUGAGAUUAAGUUGGAAUAAAGCACUAUGUUAAAACACCUGUUUUUUUUUUUUUUUAACAGUUUGUAUACAGGGGUUGGACUUACAAAUACACAUAACCUAAAGAAAACUCUUCCUUCUAAAAUUUAAAAUUUAUGUCUGGUUCUUGUUUGACUUUUGUAAUGGAGUAAAGAAUGAGGGGCCAAUUGAAUUGAAAAACAGUGAUUUUACCAAAAUUACAGGAGGUAACGAAGAUUUAAACCAAAGAGCAAUUUACCCAAGGGUUGAUUUUGUUGUAAAUUUUUAGUUUUAAUUAAAGCAUGCAACAGGGAUCUCAGAGGGAUAACUGUUUCUGUGUUAUUUGCCACUUAGUUGUUAUACCAGCAUAGAGAAUGUCAAAGGCCUAAUGUGUAUUUGUAUUAGGCUUCUAAAAAUGUCUUUCUUUCUUACUUUCUCCCUCUCUCCUUCUUUCCCUUCAUCCUUUUUUCUUUUUUUUUAAAUUACUGGACAGAGAUCACUUUUCAGAGAUUUUCUUAAGUGCUGGCUAUUUGUAAUCAGAAUGAAACAAAUAUAUUUUGGCUUUGUCUCUGCAAACUAAAAUCAGGUUAUGCUGUUGUGGGAUGAUUUAGCAGUAACAUACUGCCAGGACUGUUUGUCAGUGUUGCUGUUAUUCCCAAGAGAAAUGAUGUGUAUUCCUGUUAAACAUACACAAAAAACUAAUUGAUGCAAAUAUUGAUAAAUAAACCGAGAUUUUAGUUCCGGAUAUUUUCCCUUUUGUAACAUUAGCCUCAAAGGAAGACAUUUAAUGUAACACCAUUUUCAUUGUCAUGAGAAUAAAUUUGGACCCAGUUUCAGAUUAUUUAAUUUUAAAGAGCACUUACAAGAACUUGUUUAUGAGUAGAAAAAUAGUUGCAGAGCUCCAAGUUGCCAAUAGGUAAUACUGGAUGCAAAUCAUUCUUUUCUUGGUAAAGUUAAUCAAAAAGUGCAAUGACUGUGACUGUCAAGGAUCUGUUGUUGGAACAAACUAGUGAAGAGAAGUUCAGUUCUGGUCCGAUGGCAUCGUAGUUUCUUAUUUUAGAUGAUUACUUUUUCAAAAGAAAAUUUCAGUGAGUAUUUAAAGACUGCCCUUUUAAAAUUACUAGUUAUAACAGUGGGAAAAUAUAAUUUGCUCUCUGUUAAUAUCUACCUGAAGUUUCCCAUAGUCCUAAAUGCAUAUGCUAAUGAAGAUGUUUACAGACACAUCACUGAGUUUGAAAUAAUCUCCAACUCAGUAUAAUAUGGAAUAUUGAGCUAGUCCUCACAAAGUUCUUUUUUUUUUUCCUUUUUGUAUAUGGUUGAAAAUCAGAAAAGUAAUCCCUUAAAAAUUAAAGAGAAUAAAAGAUUUUGUAUAAAAGCCUGCCAAGGUUUGAUGUUUCUUUUUUGCAGGCUGACAUUUUAUAUGAUAUACAUGAGUAUUAGUAAAACAAGUUCAUCCUGUUUUAUUCUAGAUUAUCCUUAUAUUUUGAGAUCCUCUUAAUAGGCUAGUCCUAUAAAAAUAAUAGGAAAAUCCUGGUCCAUUCACUCAUUCAUUCUUGACUUUUGUAGUGGAAUGGUAAUUUUUAUUUAUAAUAAUCACCAAGAAAGAAGAUUCUUAAAAUAUUAGGACUUGAGAACAAUGGUUCUAAAACUUUGCCAGCGAUCUUAAAUUCCAGAUAUUAUUCCUUUAGACUAUAAGCAUUACUAUGAUAAGAACAAAAUAAAAAGAUGUCUUAUUCCGUAAAAACAUGAGUGUUUCAAACCACAUUUUGAUACUGUAUGUGUUAUGUUGAGUGUAGUUUAUGGUCAUGAAACUGCAGUGCCACUGUUGGGGAUGAAGGAAGUGUUAGGCAUUAAAUAAUGGAGAGCUUAAUUAAAUAUUACAGUGAAGUUGGUGAAUAGAAAUGGCAGCCCUAUUCAAGUAGAUCAAACUGUCCAUGCCCUGAAAAGUGGAAAAUUGUAGUCUAUGCAUUUAAGACCAUUAACUCCACUUUCAAGUGUGAGGGUCCAAUAAACUACAUGUAAAUGUAUACUAACUUGUUUUGAAACACAAACACACAAAAAUAAACAUUGCAGCUGCCACUCCCCUUUGUUGACAAGAUGUUCAGUGUAUUACAGUUAGAG